GUGUGUGUGUGUGUGAGGACAGACUACUACAGUCACCAUGUGUAUCUCUGUGCUGCUGCUGCUGCUGCUGGUCUGCAGCGCCCAGGCAUCGCAUUUUUAUGGGACAGUGAUGACUUUCAACCUCAAAAACACCAAUUCAGACGGAUCUGUCAGGGUGGUCCUUCGCUAUAAACUCAGUUUUCGCUCAUGCACGGAUCGUGACACAUGGGACUGUUUCAGUGGGAACUGUGGGAGUGAGACCUUGGUGCUGAACAUCGUGGACCAGGAGAGCAGCAGUGAAUGGUGCCAGAGGGAGGGAAUCAUGACUCGGCAGGUUCCCACCAACGCUCCAUUUCAGAUGCAGUUGAGCGGGGGCAACUGGAUCAGCAGCAUCCAAAAUGGAAUCGUUAACUGGAGAGCCUUGACUGUGGUGGAUCUGAGAAACCGGUCGGACACCGGCCAAGCCAACAGGUCGCCUCAGACCACCGUCCUGCCGGCCCUGCGAGUUCCUUCAAACUGUCGGAGAAAUGUCAACCUGCUGGCGUUUGACCCAGACGGAGACGAGGUUAAAUGCAGAUAUGGGAGUACAUCAGAUGAGUGUAACCCCUGCACACUGCCGUCUGCUCUGAGCCUCUCAGAAUCUUGCACUUUGUCAUUCAGCAACACCAGCAGCCCUCAAGGUCCGUACGCGGUACAGCUGAUGAUGGAGGACUUUCCCCGCCAGACCAUCACCCUCAGACAGACCAACGGCAAUGAGACUGCGAGAACUACAAACGAGGCUCUCAGCAAAAUUCCUGUCCAGUUUGUUUUCAGGGUGGACCCUGUGGUGCCAUCAUGCACAGAGGGACACUAUCUGCCUAAGCUGCUGCCUCCAACCCCGGCCCAUGGAGCUCGGCUGUACACUCCUGUCAAUCAAACCCUGGAAAUCAUCAUCUCCGCGGAGGCAGCUAACGCCACGGUUUCGGAGCUGCUGUUCAGCGGGCCGCACAACACACUAGUUAUAAACGUAACGGGACUGUUCAUUCUGCACUGGACCCCGUCCGCCGAGGAAGACGGAGAAACCCAUCCCAUCUGCUUUGUGGUCCAGGCAGUUCUGGGUUCGAGCAAGUACCACUCGGAGCUGCGGUGUGUGACGGUAACCGUCGGAGACGAGCCACCCACCGCUCCCACGCCAAGCCCUGGGCCAAGUCACACCGUCGGCCUGACUGCAAGCCUCUCCUCCGCGACUCCUCUGUCUGAGGACGACAUCAGGAAUGCCGUCGUGCAACAGCUCAGAGAGGAGCUGAUCCGGCGAGGGGUGCCGGCCGACUUCAUUCUGCGCCUCGUCAAGGUCGAGUAGAGGGUGUGCAGGAACCCCUGGGCGCUCCCAUGGCAUUUGGAAAAGAGAGCUUGAUGAUUUGCAACGAGGUCAGGAUGCAACCUCAGCUGCUUUCACGUCCCUGUUGUUUGAUGCAUUUUGUUCAUAUUCACCAAAUUAAUUAAACGAAUGUGAAGGCCGUGGAGUAGAAGUGCUGCUCAGGUCUGAUAGGAAGUGAUUUUUGAAGGUGCAGGCAUAUUCUGAUGCUACAGAAACUUUGGAUCCUUCACUCACUAGUAAAAAAAAAAAAAAAAAAAAAA